AAUAUACAUCACUUCCGGAAAUAACAGCAGGUUAAGAAAAAAAUCAUAACAUACAGACAAGAGCUGCGUAAAACUUUGGUCGGGCAAGUCUAUUUUCAGAGCAAUGUUUAGCUCUGUCAGUAAUUGGUUUGGAGUUGUGAACAAUAAAGAAGAAGAGGAGAAGGAGAACGCGAUAAACGAAGAAUCUAAAGAGAAAAUAGUCCCGUCAUCUGAGAGUGAACAAACAAAAGACUCUAAACCUAAGUCCGACAACUCUUCUGAAACAGGUGGUGGGCAAGAAGAAAAGAAAGAAGAGGAGGAGGAUUCAUUGGAGAAGACACUAGAGGACGCCUCGGCUGCUGCCAUCAACACUGCAAAGCAAUGGGGGAGUUACUUGUAUUCAUUUAGUAAAACAGCCGGGAAGACUGUGGUGGAAAAAGCAAAGCAGAUUAGUAAAGAGGUGGAAGACAAGACCUUCCUUGGAGACUUCAGCAAGGAACAGGAGAAGUUUGUGACAGAGAAGAAAGAGAAAUCCAAACAGGCCGAGGCAGCAGUGCCUCCAUGGGUGGGCUACAACGAGGAGGAGAGCAUGAAGGCCCAGAUACUGGCACUGUCACAGGACAAGAGAAAUUUCCUGAGAAACCCUCCCGCUGGUGUACAGUUCCAAUUUGAUUUUGAAAGCAUGUUUCCUGUUGCCAUGGCAACACUACAGGAAGACGAAAACCUAAAUAAAAUGAGAUUUGAGUUGGUCCCAAAACAAAUCAAAGAAGAGGCAUUUUGGAGGAAUUAUUUCUACAGAGUGUCACUCAUCAAACAGUCUACACAACUUACAUCACUGGCUCAAGAAACAGGAAGUACAGGAGAGAAAUCAAGUGAUGGAUCACGGCAGUCGUCAACAGGAAGUCAAGAGAAAGACUUGUCAAAGUCGUCAAACCAAGGCGCCAAGGAGGAAGACUUUGCCCCGAGCAGUCCAAAUGAGAACGAGUUUGUGAGUGACAGCUUCCAGGCGGACGAUAUUAGUCAGGAAGAUCUGAAGAAGGAGAUGCAGAUGCUCGGGGUGGAUGACAACAAAGCCGAGACCAAAACAGAGAAAGACGAGGGGGAGGAGAGUUGUCGUAAACCCUAUGAACGGAACUACUGGAGAGUUUGUUAUGAGAACGAUCUAAACCCCAACACUGAGGGGAUUCCACAAUGGGAGAAAGAGCUACAGCAGGAACUACAAGAUUACGAAAUGGUCGACGAUAAUGUUGAUGACGCUGAUAUCGAGAACGAGAUUCUACAACAGUUAGAGGAGGAGGAAACGGACGCCAAGUGAUGAAAACACCAGUUUAUGUGGCUUUUGGGGGACCAGUUUAUCUGCAACAGAUAAAACUAAUAUUCUCUGGAUAUACAUGUACAUUUAUAACAUAUGUCAAAGCUCUGAAAUAUUCUGCAUAUGGAUACAUAAUCUUCUAUGGAAAUCAUUUUAGAAGAGGAUAGAAAUAUACAUAAAGUUAUUCCUGGUUUUUUUUUUCAUUCAUUAUGCUAUUUGUUAUGAAAGUGUUAUUUCUAUGCUUUCAUUGGUGAAUGACUCUAAAUAAUGUAGUGUGUUGAAUUCGAUUAUUAUUACCAUGAAUUGGAAAUAAUUGCUCUGAUUUGUUACCUGUACAGAUAUUUAUUUGUAAAUUUUUGUUAAAUAAAACUAAUGCUAACAAAA